GAUGACCUCGGAUACUAAUCAAACAACCCAUGUUAAUAAUAUAUACAUGAAGUGACAACGAUUUUCCUCUGGAUUUCGCGUUGGGAAACCAAGGAAAAUCAGUUCAAAAGGACCCUAAUGGAGAUGUGAAAUGUUCGAGAGAGUUCCACCAUGCCGCUUACUAAAAUCUCCUAUCGUAUUUUGGAUCGUACUCGGAGUAAUAUCAUGGCAGGGUGUAUCUGGAGCUGACCUGAGCGCGGAGGAAAGGGUUUAUACAAAUGGAUGGGCGAUUCACGUGAAUGGAGGAAUAGAAGAGGCAAAGGAAGUCGCCAAGGCACACGGAUUUGAGAAAGUCGAGCCUAUUGGCACCUUAGAAGGCUACUACCAUCUUGAACACCCUUCCCAUCCCUCCCGGUCCCGCCGUAGUGCGGAGGACCGCACAGAUCAGUUGCGGCAGCACCGUCACGUGACAUGGGUGGAGCAGCAGCAUGAGAAAGUGCGGGAGAAGAGGGGGUUCUACCAUGACCGUAUGGUGGCCAGGGGGAUCGUACCGAGGUUCAAGGAUCCUCUGUGGGACGCCCAGUGGUACCUGGAUGACAAGCGCAAGGACACGGACCUGGACAUCCACGUGAUCCCUGUGUGGAAGAAAGGCAUCAGUGGCAAAGGCGUGGUCGUCACCAUCCUGGACGAUGGCAUUGAACACAAUCACACAGACCUUAUCAAAAACUAUGACCCCAAUGCCAGCUGGGAUGUGAACGACGGUGACAACGACCCUUUCCCGCGCUAUGAUCCUACCAACGAAAACAAACAUGGAACUCGAUGUGCAGGGGAAGUGGCUGCUGAGGCGAAUAACACGAAGUGCGGUGUAGGCGUGGCAUUUAACGCCAGAAUAGGGGGUGUGCGUAUGCUGGACGGACGCGUGACUGAUAAGGUAGAAGCCGAAUCCCUUAGUCUGAAUCCCCAAUACAUCGACAUCUACAGCGCGUCCUGGGGACCUAGUGACGAUGGUGCCACGGUCGAGGGGCCUGGGACUCUGGCAACCGCUGCCUUCCUCAAUGGAAUUCAAAAGGGUCGUGGUGGCCUGGGCUCUAUCUUCGUGUGGGCCAGCGGUAACGGCGGUCGCCAUGGUGACAGCUGUAACUGUGACGGUUACACAGAUAGCAUCUACACGUUGUCCAUCAGCUCGGCAUCCGAUCACGGGGAAUCGCCGUGGUACUCCGAGUCCUGUUCUUCUACACUCGCUACCACCUUCAGCAGCGGCGCACACGGGGAGAAGAGGAUCGUCACCACUGAUUUGCAUAACACAUGCACGGAGAGACAUACGGGAACUUCGGCAUCGGCCCCGCUGGCUGCUGGGAUAUUUGCUCUUGCUUUGGAGGUCAAUCCUAAGCUGACGUGGAGAGACAUGCAACACAUCGUCGUCCACACGUCAAACCACCUACCCUUGAAGCACGACCAAGACUGGUCUAAGAAUGGUAUCGAUCUCAUGGUAAAUCGGAAGUUCGGCUUCGGUCUGCUGGUCGCUGAGAAGAUUGUAGACAUGGCAAACCCUGCCACUUACGUCACGGUACCAGAGAAGAGAUUCUGCCGCGGACAGAUUAACCAGGAUGCUAAGGUUUUUAAGUGGGACAAACCGCUAACCAUUCAGCUACCCGCAACUGGCUGCUCGGGGACUGGUGACGAGAUUCGCUACUUGGAACACGUGCAGCUGAUGGUGAGCCUCGACUACGUGCGGCGCGGGGACCUGGUGAUCUACCUGACCUCGCCCAUGGGUACCAAGUCUUGCCUUCUCUCCCCCCGUAAGGAAGAUUCGUCAAAUGAGGGGUUCUCCAAAUGGCCCUUUAUGACCACGCACUCGUGGGGAGAGGACCCACGCGGUACAUGGACGCUGGAAAUAAAGGACCUCGGCGACAACAAGGCUAACCAUGGUACCUUGCGCGAGUGGCAGCUCAUCCUUCACGGAACCAAAGAUAAACCAGCCCAUCAGCAGAAAGAACAUCCCGACAAACCGCGGGAUCCCGCUCCUGUCCCGCCGAGCCCCAACCUCGGCUACUCUCGUACCGAGAAGGUCCCUGGAGGGCCCACCUACACCUUCGGUCCCCCACCCCCUGCGGCGUCUAAUGCGAAGCCUGCUCAGUAUACACAGUACACUGCACCUGCCCCUGUGGUUUAUAAUCCUCCGGUACCCCCCAAAGCACUUCCAGCAGCCGCGCCUCAUUAUGAGAAACCUGCUGACCAAAGUACCGUGGCCCAAGUUCCUGUAGAAGUAACCGCGCCUCUUGUACAUACCGUGGUGGCUCAAGUCCAGCGGAUUAACCCUCAAGCACAGGCGCAGUACCAGGCGAGAUUGCAGGCUCAGAAGUUUGCAGCGGCGCAGGCACAAGCUAGAGCACGUAUAUUUCAAACGACAGCGAUUCAACAAGCUCGGCCCCAGGCCCUACAAAACGUGUACCCGCCUCAAAGAUUUGAAACUGGAUUCGUACCAAGGCCCCCUAUUCCUAUGGCCCCUCAAGCACCAUAUUAUAGAAACUACCCAUUCAAUCCACAAGCGGACCCUAAUCCUGUAGGGUCUCCGUAUAUGAGUACAAAUAAUAGGAUGAGCUACCCAAUGUCAUGGGAUAAUGUGCUCUAUGGCGAUGCUGCCGUCAGAAUGAAAGCGUAUAACUAUAUCAGGACUUUUGGAAGGCGAGGCGCUGGGAGGUCUGGUGGCCUGCAGAGUAGACCUAAAAAUAAACUAAGCAAGUUAAGAAAGAAAUGGCGGGAACGAAAGGGGAAAUAAUAUAGGUUUACAUUUGAAUUAGAUUGCAUUAGUAAGUGGUGGCUUUAGAUGGGUUUUAGAAAACGGACAAAAUUGUUGCAAACCGGCAUCAUUUUCAAAGAUGCAGGCAUUUCAUCUGUCGUGACUUGAAACCGUGCUCUCAAUUUUUGAGCAUAGAUGUGGAAACUGGAGAAGAAAGGUUUUUGUCUUAGCUGGAAUAAGACAAAAUAAAGAAAAUAGGAAGAAUGGGUUUUAAGCAUUUUACAAAGCCAAUUAUAUUGACUUUGUUUCACGAAUUUCUUAUUUGUGUUUAACCGUUUUACUGUGCCAAUGACGGUCGCCCGAAGAAAAUUUUUAUGGCGCCAUGGUUUCAGAAAAAUUCGAUCUAAAUAAGGCUGUCAUUGCUUAUAGGUAGCAGACAGCUAUGAAAGCCGGAUCCAACAAUCAAACAUAUUGGCUAUGGUUUAGCGCGCGCGUUUAAAAAAAUGCACCGUUGACCAUUGACCUCCGCUUCCACAUCUAUUCUCGUUCUCGUCUCUCUUGUAAAUAUCGUAGGUGAGGGGUUUUGGAAUAAAGGUGCUCACUAAAUUG